GUUCGAGGCAGCCAGUGUUACUUGCGAGGCGCACGAGGGAUGCGAGGACGCGGGCGGCAGCGGCGGGAGCGGCAGCGGGAGCAGCGCCAGCAGCGCCAGCAGCAGCAAACGUAAGCCCGCGUUGCCGUCCGGGCUGCUGUGCCGGCUGGAUGAGGCUCCCGGUCCGCCGAGCCCCGCGCGCGCCUGCCAAGCCUGGAUCGCCUCCAGCGUGCCUCCUGCCUGCUGCAGCGGCUGCGAGCGGAGCGCCUGCGAAGGUUACGCGGCCAGGGACCUCGGCGCCGUAGCCCACACCGAGGGGCGGCGAGGGGCGGGGCGGCUGGACGGCGGAGCCUCCGCGCGCGGCCAGCGGAUUUGCUCCGACCUGCGAGCGGCGGCGGCGGCAGCAAAGGCGAUCGCAACUUUUCGAGCUGCCUGCUUCGCCAGCGCUAUGGAGACGGGGGGCACCGCCGCCCCGGUGCAGAGCACGCUGAGCGCGAACGGCAGCGGCAGUGGCGGCGGCGGCGAGAGCCGGGGCAAUCCCAUCGCGUCCGAGGAAAGCUGGGUGGUGGGCAUGGGCGUCCUCAUGUCCCUGAUCGUGCUGGCCAUCGUCUUCGGCAACGUGCUGGUGAUCACGGCCAUCUCCCGGUUCCAGAGGCUGCAGACGGUCACCAACUACUUCAUCACUUCGCUGGCUUGCGCGGACCUGCUGAUGGGGCUGGCGGUGGUCCCUUUCGGGGCUAGCCACAUCAUCCAGCGCACCUGGAAGUUCGGCAACUUUUGGUGCAAGUUCUGGACCUCCAUCGACGUGCUGUGCGUAACAGCCAGCAUCGAGACCCUCUGCGUCAUCGCAGUGGACAGGUAUUUUGCUAUCACUUCCCCUUUCAAGUAUCAAAGCCUCUUGACCAAGAACAAAGCCAGGACAGUCAUCCUCUUAGUUUGGCUCAUUUCUAUCUUGACAUCCUUCUUGCCUAUUUGGGUGGACUGGUACAAAUCCGAGAAGCCAGAGGCCCUGGAGUGCUAUCGCAAUGAGACCUGCUGUGACUUUUUCAUCAACCGAGAGUACGCCAUUGGUUCUUCCAUCAUCUCCUUCUAUUUGCCUUUGGUGGUCAUGGUUUUUGUCUAUGCCAAGGUCUUCCAGGUUGCCCAGAAGCACCUCAAGAAGAUAGACAAAUGUGAAGGACGGUUCCAUCAGCAAAAUUCACAGCAGGAACAAAAUGGUGGCAAGACAGGUCACAGGAGAGCAUCCAAGUUUUGCUUGAAGGAACACAAAGCUCUCAAGACCCUGGGCAUUAUCAUGGGCACCUUCACCUUGUGUUGGCUCCCUUUCUUCAUCGUCCAUAUUGUGCAUGCAAUCCAUGAGCCCUUGAUUCCCAAUACCGUGUACAUAAUUUUGAACUGGGUGGGAUAUGUCAACUCUGCCUUCAACCCCUUAAUUUACUGCCGAAGCCCAGACUUCAGGUAUGCUUUCCAGGAGAUCCUCUGCUUUCGGAGGUCUACCCCCAAGCUGUACAUCAAUGGAUAUUCCAAUAGCAAUGGCAAAGGUGACUUCAAUGAGGAGCACAAUGGCUAUCACAUGGGACAGGAGACUGCUAGCGAAUUGCUGUGUGAAGAAGGAUGCCCCCCUACUGGGGAAGCGCUUUUGCAUUGCAAAGAUAUCCCUGGGUGUCCUGGAAUGGUUGAAAGUUGAAUGGGCCAAGAACCUUUUGUCACCAUUUGCAACUCACAGAAGCUUGUGAAGUUCAGCCAUGCUUCCAUCAGAACGGAAGAACUACACAUUCCUUUGCAGAGGGAUAAAAGAAAAGGCAGCUAGCAAGCCAAGAGUCCAGACUGUGAAAUGGCAGGAAUCGGCAGUGAAUGAAGUAUGUGGGGACUGAGCUGUGCAAAACCAAUUCCAUUCUGGGAACCUUCUGCUUGAAAUUGGGUUGGCGGACCCAGUGUAGUGCAAUAAUAAAUCCUUUUCAUGGAGCCAAACAAUAUGUAUUUCCAGAGAGGCAGAAAAAGAGUUGGGAGUACAUUUUCCCAUGAUAUUGUUAGCCCACAAGUGGAUGGGAAACAUCAGGUUUCCUCAUGAAGCCAGCAGAUUGGGACAGGAUCUCAGUGCAGCCUUUGAGAUUCAAAUAUGAAAAGAACCCCAGAAGUCAUCUGCAAAGAUGCAUCAUCAAAACUGAAUUGGUUUACACUAUGUUUUUGAAGCAAGUUUCUGUUCCUGCGCAUCUUCAGACAGCUUCUUCAAAGCAAAGACCCCAGAGUCAUGUAGUACCAAACAGAUGUGAACUAUCACCCUAAGAUAAGAUUGCAAAACAUUGCUUAACUGUUUUUUAUCAGUGUUUAUUCAAAUUUUACCAACUCAACUUUUCAGAGACAGUUCUCACUGCUACUGAUUGCUGUGUUAUUUCAUUUAAGUGAAGACUGCAAAAGGUCAAGAUUGGAAGGCAGCUUCUCCAGCUCUAGCUCUCUCUCUCUUUCAACUUCUGAGCAACCAAACAUCCCUCAUGUACAUUUCUUGAAACAGAUUUUCUUGCAUGGGCUUAGAGCUAUCAUAGCAUGCCUGAAUUCUUCCUCUGGAAUAUUUAGAAGUCUGGACAUGUCUACUGAACUUUAACCAGGUGCAGCUGUUGAACAAAAUACCCUUUCUUCAUUUGUAAGAGGAGAAUUGGCCAUUCCAAAUCUUUGCCAGAAGGGGAAGGAGCCCAUACUAAGUGCUGGGAGGGAGGGAUGCUUGCCAGGAAGAGGGCUGUGUGAGGAGUUUGGAGUGGAAAUCAGGUGACAGGACAGCUUCAGGAUGGGCCGAAUCUUCAGGGAUGUGGUUUUUAGAACAAAGUUCCAUUCCUUGUACAUUAAGAACCCUGCGGUAUACAAACAUGACUUUCAAAUACAGUCUUUUUCAGACUGGAAGGUAACACCCUAAACAUGCAGAAGACAAGACUCUUCAUUUUGAUUCUUUGUUGGGUAAGACUUAAAAGAUGCCCAGAAAGCUCCCAUGAAGGGUUCUAAGAAUGUCGCAUCCUAUCCCUUCUGUGUGGAGUUCAGUAUUGCCUAGGCUGAAGAGACUUUUCCACUGUUUAUGGCACAAGGAAACCUAAUGCCUAUGUUAUAAACUGGCAGAAAACAGAGGAGAUGAUGGUCUUGCCAUUUUGGAUGACGAAUGAUUGUAUUGCUCUUUAUUCUCAUGGACUACAUGCAAGCACGAGCCUCUGCGCAUUGCAACGCUUUUUGCUCCUGGGUCCAGGAAUACCAUAUUGGGAACGGGGCAGGGGAGGAAAGGAUUCGGGACUCUGUGGGGCAUGUUUGCUGUGAAAAUGAGACAUGUUGGGCUUCCUCCUGCGCUGCUCUGUGGUUGUGGCGUAUAUUUAUUUAUUUAUUGGCUGGUGGUGUAAGAGGAGAUUGCAGAAUUUCUUUGUCUAGCUUCCUAGCCUUCCUUUCGAAGGGGGACACAAAAUCUCAAGGAGCAAUGGGCCUCUAGCUCCACCAAAAUAAAACUCAAUCUGUCAUGUGUGUCCAAGAUCUGUAGAACACCAGCUUUCAGUCUGUUAUUUAAUGUGCAGAUCCAGAAAAGGAUCCCAAGACCAAACCUACUGAUACACUAUCAGCCAGCUCUGCAUUCCCCUUUCCUUGCUGCUUUUGCAGAGAUGCUGAGCGUAGGAUGAACAAUGCACUGGACUUCAUGCUGAGCAGUCUGCACCGUACCCUCGUGGAGUGCGAUCAGCAGGCCUAGAGCCUUUGAGGAUAUAAACCAGGCCAUCUUCAGUAGAGCUGCUGGGUUUAUUUACACAAAUUUCUCCAGUGCAGGCUCUCCACUGCGGCUUGCUGGCAUAUGUUGCAAGUCCAUUAUGAAUUUGUGGUGCAAACAAGCAUUUUUAUUGGCUGAACUGGCACCUGAGCAUUGUUCCCUCAGGAAAAACUAAGAACAAGACAUACAAGUUCUGCAAAAGUAGGGUGGCCACUUCUGAAUCACCCACUGGGGGGAAAUGCAUCGCCACAGAGAAGACAAAUGAAGACAAUCAUUUCCAUGUACUAACAUAUAUGUACAAAUGCAAAUAAAGGAUGUAUUAUAAUGCAAGCA